ACCAGGUCAGAUUGGCACUGAUCAUAUUUAUAGUGGGCCGGACCGGACUAGUGUUAUACUUUUUCUUGCCGUGCUCAGUGAAGCCUACCGGACCGAGCCCAUUUGGCCAUCUAUACCGUUCCCCCAGUUCGGCAGCUCCCCGUCGUUUCCUUCCUCUCUUCCCGGGGGCUCGAGCCCCCUGUCCCGCACGCCGCCAUGGAGGCACGCCGCUCCUCUAGACCCGGGUCGCGGUCCAGACCCCACGGACCCGAACCCAAAGUCGAGCGCGCGCUCGUGGUCGAGCCGUUGAGCCCUCUGCUUUCUUGCUCGCUGGCUACGAUCUCCAAGCGCGUGCCUCCCGCCUCCGCCCCCAACCCCUAUAUAAACCUCCGUAGAAUGCAGCGCAGCAGCACGGACCCCCUCCCUCGGAUCAAGAAGCUUCUUCUGCAAGAAGGCGCGGCCGCGCGGGGGAAGAAGAGCCGUGUUGCUGGCCUCUCGGAGAGCAAGAGCUCUUCCAGGAAGGGGAGGCCGAGAGGCUUGGGGCAGUUCGGGGUCCAAGAUAAUGUCGGGCGUCAUCCUCGAUCCCGACGAGGGCACCUUUGAGGACUGCAAGGAUGAAGCCACGGCGAUCUUUUUUGUAGAUGGUGUUGUCGAUAUGAGAGGGAUAGUUUCUGAUUGGAAUGCAAUUGCCAUUUCUUGGGUGUUCUCAAUUGUAGAAGAACUGGUAAAGCACUGCCACGGGCGCAUCAUCCAUUGUGAUGCCUCUACCUAUGCUACUGGAUUCCGUGAGAUCCGUUUGAUGGUUGACCAGUCUGGGGAACCUGUAGUCCUCCCUGCAAUAACACCUGCUGAGCACUUCAGCGUCAUUGUACACCCAGUUGCAAGUGGGCUUCCAUAUAUCGCAUAUCUUCUUGAGAGCAUGGAAGCUUUUCACGGCAACAGAGUGAUUGGCAUUACAGGAAUCUGCACAGAUAGUCAAUCCGAUGGUAUAGACUACUGCAUUCGGAUAGUCGAAGAGCUUAAAAGAAAUGAAAAUGCAAUGGAAGUUGCUGGAACUUUCACUCGCGUUGCAAGCUUCUGAGGUGGCCCCUGGUGGUGCGGCACAGCGGCAGUAGCAGCUUUCAAAAUGGAUCUUCGAUAUGAUUGGCUUUGAGCAGAAGGGUGUACAGCAUGGAAUGCUCCGAUCGUAGCAGAGGUCCUGAAGAUAUAGUAAUCUUGUGUACAUGGUGGUCGUAGGUUCAUUCAUCCCCACCCUCUCCUGCGCAAACGUGGCCGCAGAUAGAUGCCACCGGGUGCAGACUGUUAAGGACAUAUAGUAGGCUGAGACCUUGUUGCCAGUAUGUGAGGUUUUCCACAAGAAUGGCGUGGGUAAAACGGUAACUGCUGGCACGGAGCACAGAAUAUUUGUGGAUGUGUGCUUUUACAAGUCAGAACAGCAUCGUAGUCAUAGGCAUCCAGAAAUGUAGAAUCUCUUAAAAUGUUCAUGUGAAAUGCUUCACUUCAAAUGUAGCGAGUACAGUACU